UUCUUUGCCAUUGUAGAAUACCAUGUGUAACGUCAUAUUGCUCGUAUUUCUUGUCCUGCUGACAAACUUUCAACUUGUUUUUUCAACUGAUUCAAGUGACGAGGAUCAUAGAUCCUCACUUAUCAUAACAACCGAUGACCACAUGCUUAUUGACCAAUCCAUGCACGAAAGGAAGGCUUCUAGUAGUUUGGAUUGUGCUUUCUGCCUUGUUGCUGACAAAUGUAAGUCAUUUAACUACAAUAAAGGAACUGGAGCUUGUCAUUUGAACAGAAAAAGAGCAAAAAAUCGGAACGAGCUUGUACAAGCUCAUGGCUUCAUCUAUGGGGAAAAGGUUUAUCAGAAUCCCUGCGUGGUUAAACCGUGCCAAAAUGGAGGCGAAUGUAUCAUUCAUGAGGACGGAGAAGAUUACAAGUGCAAGUGUAUGCCUGGCAUCGCAGGAAAGAAUUGUCAAAACGUUCAGCAGUACAAAAGACCUCUCGGAAUGGAGAGCAAGGCCAUUCCCGACUCUAGGAUCACCGCCUCGUCGUACUAUUCAAAAGAUUACCUUCCAUCUCAAGCGAGAUUGAAUAUGAACAGUUAUGGCUGGGCUCCUACAGCAAAAGGCAGAAUCGGUUCGUGGUUAAAGGUUGACUUGAGCACAGUUCACACUGUAACAGCCAUCGCAACACAGGGUUCAAAGCUCCAUUCCUCCGAGUGGAUUAACAGCUACAGCCUGCAGUACAGUUUGGACGGCACCACCUUCAAGAAUUAUCAAGCAGGAAAGGUCUUCAAAGGAAACACUGAUCAAAAUACUGUUGUGAAGCAUGACCUAAACCCUCCAAUCAGAGCGAGGUUUGUCAAAGUCCUCCCAAAGACAUGGAAUGCCUGGCCUUCAAUGAGAAUGGAGCUCUACGGAUGCAAAUGAGAAAUGACAAGCACAAGAACGUUGCAAAGACAAGGAAAAAUAAAACAUGAUAACUUAAACAAGUUAAAAUUAAAUGAAGGCCCGAAAUUCUUAUCAAGUGAUCAAAAUGAUUAUUCAGUAAACUGUGAAAAAAAUACUCUCUAACGAGAGCUGUUGUAUAGAAUAAAAUUAAAGUAUUUU